GCUACAAGAUAAAACUGCCACUUAGAGCCCAGGAGAGCUAAACCUUCCCGGGUUGGCCUGGGGGCUUGAGCAGAGUCAUGGGUUCUCUGGCCCUGCAACUGUGCGCUCUCGUCUGCCUGGUGGUUCACUCAGUUUCUGGCAGCCCCAUCAUGAGUCUGGAGCAGUCACCUCUGGAAGAAGAUAUGCCCCUCUUCGAUGAUGUCUUCUCAGAGCAAGAUGGUGUCGACUUUAACACAUUGCUGCAGAGCAUGAAGAAUGAAUUCCUCAAGACACUGAACCUCUCCGACAUCCCUUCGCAGGAUUCAGCCAAGGUUGACCCACCAGAGUACAUGCUGGAGCUCUACAACAAAUUUGCAACAGAUCGGACCUCCAUGCCAUCUGCCAACAUCAUUAGGAGCUUCAAAAAUGAAGAUCUGUUUUCCCAGCCAGCCAGUUUUAAUGGGCUCCGAAAAUACCCUCUCCUCUUCAAUGUGUCCAUUCCUCACCAUGAAGAGGUUAUCAUGGCUGAACUGAGGUUGUACACGCUGGUACAAAGAGAUCGCAUGAUCUAUGAUGGAGUAGACCGAAAAAUUACCAUUUUUGAGGUACUAGAGAGCAGAGGGGACAGUGAGGGUGAAAGAAGCAUGCUGGUCUUGGUGUCAGGGGAGAUCUAUGGAACCAACAGUGAGUGGGAGACUUUUGAUGUCACUGAGGCCAUUAGACGUUGGCAAAAGUCAGGUUCAUCCACCCACCAGCUGGAGGUCCACAUUGAGAGUAGACACGACGGAGUUGAGGAUGCUGGCAGGGGACAACUGGAAAUAGACACCAGUGCCAGGAAUAAGCAUGUCCCUUUGCUUGUCGUGUUUUCUGAUGACCAAAGCAGCGAGAAGGAGCGGACAGAAGAACUGAAUGAAAUGAUCGCCCACGAGCAGCUUCUGGAGUUUGACAACUUGGGCAUGGACAGUUAUUCCAGCGGACCUGGAGAAGAAGCUUUGCUGCAAAUGAGGUCAAACAUCAUCUAUGACUCCACUGCCCGCAUCAGAAGGAAUGCUAAAGGAAACUACUGCAAGAGGACCCCGCUCUACAUCGAUUUCAAGGAGAUUGGCUGGGACUCUUGGAUCAUCGCCCCACCUGGAUAUGAAGCCUAUGAAUGCCGUGGGGUUUGCAACUACCCCCUUGCAGAGCAUCUCACACCCACAAAGCAUGCGAUUAUCCAGGCCCUGGUCCACCUCAAGAAUUCCCAAAAGGCUUCCAAAGCCUGCUGUGUGCCCACCAAGCUAGAGCCCAUCUCCAUCCUCUACUUAGACAAAGGCGUGGUCACCUACAAGUUCAAAUAUGAAGGCAUGGCAGUCUCUGAAUGUGGCUGUAGAUAGAAGAGGAGUCCUGUGCUAAUUUAAUAACUGUAAAUGUGUAUAUUUUGUGUUCCUAUUUAAUGAGAUUAUUUAAUAAGAGUGUACAGAUGAUAGAGGCUUGCUGCCUUAGGGAAACGGGCAGGUCAGUUUGUUGUACGAAAUGCAUGUUUUGCUAAUACAGUAUCAUCCCUUCCAAUAUGUUUUUCUUUGGACUUGCCAUUUCUUGUCAAUGCCAUUUCCAAUAGCAAGUGGCGAGCCACACUAAUUGUCCUCUAUGUCAAUUUGAAAACAACAGGCCCUAAGCAGAAAUAGAGUGUCAGUGAUAGGUACUUGUGUAUGUAUAUGUGUACAGAGAUAAACUUACAAAAUUCUCCUGGUUCUAUAGAGGUAGAUUAUACUCCCUCAUAUGCAUGACUCAAUCAAAUGUGUAUAUAUUAAAAACUGAUGGUAUAUUCUCAGUCAA